UCUCUCUGUCGCUCAUUUUUUUUGUCUGUCUGUGAGAAUAUUCCUUUUCUUGGCACAAAUUAACAUUGACAUUUAUGUAUUUAAACUCGAGUUAGACGGGGAAAAGCCUUCAUCUAUCCGCGCAUUUUGUUGACGCAGCCAUGUUUGAGGACAUCUUUUGUCCGCCCCCACGCUUUCUAGGGUGGUUGGCGUAACAGUGCACUACAAACUGGGAAAAGACCAAAAAUGCUGCGCUGCAGGAAAUGCCGCAAGGUUGUCAUCGAAAGUCUGCAAGAGUCUGAGGUUACCAAUGAAAAUUCAGAGGCGGCUUGCAACAUUUGGCACAUGGAUGUUGACGCGCUUCCAGAUUGGAUACUGACCUCAAUCCACCAGGCCCAGUGGACUGUGGGGAGGCUGAACUGUCAGAAGUGUGGGUCUCGCUUGGGAGGCUUCAACUUCAGCCAUCGUGUUGAAUGUCCUUGCGGCAGGGACGCCACUGUGCACUUCAGCAAAUGUCGCGUAGACCACGACCACAAGCAGAACCUUCUCAUAGUCCAGCCUAGAUGGACAAGACCGAACACGAGCCUGCUGCUUACAGAUGGCUCUCAGGCUGAAUACGAGAGGUGGUUUGUGAAGGGUUUGCAGCUCGACUCUAUUGCUGUCACGCGCCUCCCUGACCCCGACGAAGCCGCACAAGUAAUUACAAAAAGAGACUCGGUAAGCAGGUCUUCACCGUUCCCUGUGCUGUAUCCCAUGGACAAAGAUGAUGAAGUUGCCUUCAGUGCUGUUACCGGCUGCUCAUCUGUGUCUGCUGCAAGAGAGGCGCCUCUGGAAUGUCAGAUGGUGCACACUGAGGAUCAUGAGGGAUCAUCUGCAGAAAAUUCCCAAGACGAUGUCUCACUGUACCUUCGAGGGACACCAAUGUCUUACAGUGCACGCGAGCAGGAAGAGGCGAUGGUGCAUGGAACCGUGCAGGCCUCCAUAGUAUUACGCAGGCAAAGCAAGAAGGAGAAGAACCACCUGAAGAGCCAGCGGAGGAAACGGAGGCGGCGGGAACUGUGGCUGCAGAUGCAGGCCAACAGUUUGAGUGAUUUGAUGCUCAACAGUGAAGAGGACGAGGAAGAGGCGGGGGACAGGCAAGGCCUCACGUGUGCAGUGUGUCUCGACGUCUACUUCCACCCUUACAGCUGCCAACCCUGCAGUCACGUCUUCUGCGAGCCGUGUCUCCGCAAGCUCGCCAAGAACCGAGAGGAAAGCACACCUUGCCCUCUCUGCCGCGCCCUCAUCUCGCACACUAACUUUCACGCAGAGCUCAGUCGGAAAGCAAAAGCGUCUUUCCCGAGAGUGUACCACGCUCGCGAGCAGUACUUCCAAAACGCCUCAUGUGUUCAAUGGCCCCUGCCCAGCUACCGCAAACCCUUCUUUAACCUCUGGGGAUAUAGGAGGUAUGCAGUAAGGGCUCACAGAAGUUGGCACUUCGCCCAUGUCAGCUUCAGCCUGCAGGCUUUCGACCUCGCCGACGUGUGUGGCUGGUUCUUUGGUAUCAGACUGGCUAACUGGAUGAUGGCUUUCCUGUUCCUCACUUUGCUCUUGUACUACUUCUAUAUUUAACCCCUGGAAGAACAUUUAAUAGUUUGCAAGGAAGCUUUAAGUUUCAUUUUACUUUUUGGAAAAAGGUUUUACUCCUUUUUAAAUGUGUAGAUGCCUCCAGGCUAAAGUUAAGUCUUUCAUUUUAGUGCUCACAUUUCUCAGAAAAAGCUAAAGUUGACAAGUACCGUCAUUUCUUGUGUAUAGUGCACAACGUUGUAUAAUACGCACCCCCAAAGUUGACCUCAAAAUUCUGGAAAACCCUUCUACUUAUGUUUAUAAUGCAUUUUUACAAUGCAUGAUUUUGCUUUUACUCAUAUGAUCAAAACAUGAACUCCAUCCAUCCAUUUUCUGUACCGCUUAUGCUCAGUAGGGUCGCAGGCAUGCUGGAGCCAGCUGACUCUGGGCGAGAGGCGGGGUACACCCUGAACUGGUCGCCAGCCAAUCUCAGCAAAGCAUGAAGUAUUAUCUGUAUUUUGUUGGGUUUUUCAAAGAAUUAUUCUGAAGUUAAGCACUUUAUUUGAACAUGUAAUACUUUCUUUUUAUAUACUUGCUCUUAUUUUGAAAUUCACAGCCCUACUAUCAUUUAGUAAAUGAGAAAACACACAGUUGUGCUCAUAUGUUUGAUUACCCAGGCAUAAUUUGUACGAUAGGUACAAUUCUUUAAAAAAAACCUUUCAAAUUAAUUUUUUAUUAAAAUUUUAUUUUAAUAGGAUUCAAAUUAAACUGUGAACCAUUUCAGAAAAGCAUUAUCAUCAAACAAAACAUAACCGUAAAGAAAUUAAUGAUGGUGGCUGUCAUCAGUCGUAUUAAAAAAGAAAAAAGAAAUUCGCAAAUUCUGCCAGAUUAUGUAAAUUCAUGAGCACAACUGUACAUAUUAUGCAGUCAUGCGUACCUCUGUCAUUGAAUGUAAGUGUAGACUACACCUUUUUCAUAACCUCUAAGGGGCGGUGGUAUAUUAGAAUGAAAGUUUACACCUUUCUCAUAACCUCUAGGUGGCGGUGGCAGAUGGGAAAGAAAGUGUACACCUUUUUCAUAACCUUGAGAUGGUGGCAUACAUUUAUAAAAUUGUAAAGUUAUUUUUUAUUUUAUUUUGCCCUAUACCUAUAUAUAAUGCGCACCAUUGACUUUUGACAUUUUUUGGGGGGAAAAUGCGCAUUAUACACGAGAAAUUACAGUGGUAUGACUCGUUAUACAUCAUGUGAAUUCAAGAGUAUGGAAUGUUUUGAAGCAAAUGUUUACAAAUGCAAAUUAUAAAAUUGAGUUGAUAUUG